AUAGCAAUGCGUUCUAUGGCUUACAGUAGCUGGAAUAUGCUAACUUUGGGCAGAGAAUAUGGUUCCUGGGGUCGAACACAGAGAUCUGAAACAAAUGUGAGCCCGAAGCUAUCCCAACCAGAUGAUGUAAAUGGUGAGAAGGCGAGUUCUGCCUCUGCUUCUGAUGGAAACGGCCUCCACAGUUCCGAGUCCCUGACUUACUAUAAUGUUAUUUAUCAGCUGGCAGACCUGGAAAGGUACAACAGUGAGUCUGUCCUGUUGUGUGGUGACACUAACGAUCCAGGCCUGCAUUUCCCAGUGCAUGACUUUGUGCCAAGUGCUUCUUCUUUUGGGAGAUAUCCAGAUGAACAUGAAAAAGAUGGCCCAGAUGUAAAAUGGGACCCGAUCGCAGUGCACGAGGCUUACAAACUGCAAAUUGCUAAGGGUGCAGAAGCACAAAACUACAGGAUGGCUCGGUUCGGAGACGAUUUACAACAGACCCGCUAUGGAGGUGGUGGGCCAGCGGGCGCUGGCAGAGGAAGCAGCAGGCAGGGUGGCCCCCAGACUGGGCAGAGGAUGUAUAAGCAGUCCAUGGCCCAGAGAGCCCGGACUAUGGCUCUCUACAACCCCAUCCCCGUCAAACAGAACUGUUUCACAGUGAACCGCUCCCUCUUCAUCUUCAGUGAGGACAACAUCAUACGGAAAUACGCUAAGAGAAUAACUGAGUGGCCUCCAUUUGAAUACAUGAUAUUAGCUACAAUCAUAGCCAAUUGUAUUGUGCUGGCUUUGGAGCAGCAUCUACCUGAAGAAGACAAAACACCCAUGUCAGAGAGACUGGAUGAUACAGAACCCUACUUUAUUGGAAUAUUUUGUUUGGAAGCUGGCAUAAAGAUCAUUGCUCUGGGCUUUGUUUUCCAUAAAGGCUCCUAUCUUCGAAAUGGUUGGAAUGUUAUGGAUUUCGUUGUGGUUCUCACAGGGAUUUUAGCCACUGUUGGUACAGAUUUUGACCUCCGAACCCUGCGGGCAGUCAGAGUCUUGCGACCACUAAAACUUGUAUCAGGAAUUCCAAGCUUACAAGUUGUCCUCAAGUCUAUCAUGAAGGCAAUGGUGCCUUUACUACAGAUUGGGUUGCUGCUGUUCUUUGCCAUUGUGAUGUUUGCCAUUAUUGGAUUGGAGUUCUACAUCGGGAAGUUUCACAAGGGCUGCUUCUCUGAAACAGAUAAGAUCAUGGAAGACUUUCCAUGUGGUGAAGAACUCCCGGCACGACUAUGCCCAAAUGGCACAACCUGCAAAGUGUACUAUGCUGGUCCCAACUUUGGAAUCACCAAUUUUGACAACAUCCUGUUUGCGGUGCUUACUGUUUUCCAGUGCAUCACCAUGGAGGGAUGGACUGAUAUCCUUUAUAAUACGAAUGAUGCUGCUGGGAAUACCUGGAACUGGCUUUACUUCAUCCCACUUAUAAUCAUCGGUUCAUUCUUCAUGCUCAACCUGGUUCUUGGUGUUCUGUCAGGAGAGUUUGCAAAAGAAAGAGAAAGAGUUGAAAACAGACGGGCAUUUCUAAAGUUAAGAAGACAGCAGCAGAUUGAGCGUGAACUGAAUGGCUACUUGGAGUGGAUCUGUAAAGCAGAGGAGGUUAUGCUGGCAGAAGAAGACAAGAAUGCAGAAGAGAAAUCACCUUUAGAUGUUUUGAAAAGAGCUGCUACAAUAAAGAAGAGCAGGAAUGAACUAAUUCAUGCAGAAGAAGCAGAAGAGCAUUUCACAGAUAUUUCUUCUGUUGGAUCACCAUUUGCAAGAGCCAGCCUAAAAAGUGGUAAAAAUGAGAGUUCCUCUUACUUCCGUCGAAAAGAGAAGAGGUUUCGUUUUUUCAUUCGCCGUAUGGUGAAAGCUCAGACUUUCUACUGGAUUGUUCUCUGUCUUGUUGCACUGAACACACUUUGUGUUGCCAUUGUACAUUAUGACCAACCACAGUGGCUUACAGAGGCCUUAUAUCUUGCAGAAUUUGUUUUCCUAGGACUGUUUCUAAGUGAGAUGUUUUUGAAGAUGUAUGGUCUGGGACCCAGAAACUAUUUCCACUCAUCCUUCAAUUGUUUUGACUUUGGGGUCAUAGUUGGCAGUAUUUUUGAAGUUAUUUGGGCUGCUGUGAAGCCAGGGACUUCUUUCGGGAUCAGUGUAUUAAGAGCACUUCGAUUGCUAAGAAUUUUCAAAGUAACAAAGUACUGGAAUUCACUCAGGAAUCUUGUGGUGUCUCUCUUAAACUCCAUGAAAUCAAUCAUCAGUUUAUUGUUCCUUCUUUUCCUGUUUAUAGUUGUUUUUGCCCUACUUGGAAUGCAGCUGUUUGGAGGCCAAUUUAAUUUUAAAGAUGAAACACCCACUACUAAUUUUGAUACCUUCCCUGCAGCAAUCCUUACAGUAUUUCAGAUCCUGACUGGUGAGGACUGGAAUGCAGUUAUGUACCAUGGGAUUGAAGCCCAUGGAGGAGUGAAGAAAGGCAUGUUCUCUUCAGUAUACUUUAUCAUUCUGACUUUGUUUGGUAAUUAUACACUGCUGAAUGUUUUUUUGGCCAUUGCCGUUGAUAAUCUUGCAAAUGCCCAAGAACUUACAAAGGAUGAAGAAGAGAUGGAAGAAGCUGCCAACCAAAAAAAUGCUCUCCAAAAGGCCAAGGAGGUUGCAGAGGUCAGCCCAAUGUCUGCCACCAACAUGUCCAUUGCAACUUUUGUAAAGCAAUCUCGAGGUGCUCUAUCUCGCAGUUCGUCAGUCUCCAGCGUAAAUUCACCUAGGGAGCAUCAGAAGUCGAUUAAAUCCCUGUCUGUGUGGGAGAAGAGGACAAGUCAGAUCAGGAGGCAGAAAAUCAGAGCUAGUUGUGAGGCCCUUUACACUGAACUAGAUCCAGAAGAGCGAGUACGCUAUGCAUCUUCACUUCACAUCCGACCUGAUAUGAAAACCCACAUGGACCGACCUUUAGUUGUUGAAACUAGGGGUGACCUGAGGAACAAUGUAGGUGUGACAGAACCUGUAGAGGAGGAGGAGGAGGAAGAGGAAGGUGAGCAAGAUAAGCUUGUCCAGUCUGAUACCACCACAGAAGCACAAAGAAAACAUCAUCACCAUAAGGACAAGCCCAGUGAAACGGAAAAGAACACAGACGGAACUACAGAAAAUGGGGACUCAAAUGCUAAUGGCAAGGAAGAACGGCAUCGUCAGCAGAGAACUAGGACUAAAGAUUCUGAAGGAGAGACUAAAGAAGGAAAAGCUGAUCGCAGUAGGAGUCGGGAGGGGGGUAGGAAGCAUCAUCGUCAAGAAUCCAUUGAGGAAGGUACUGAAAGAGAACACAGAAGACACAGGUCUCACCGGCACACAACUGAUCGCCAGAAUAAGGAAGGAAAUGGAACUGUCAAUGGCAGCAAAAGUGAGCGGCGAGUGAGACACAGAGGAGGGUCACGGUCAGCAAACAAGGAAUCUGAUCCAGCAUCUAAAGGAGAAAAUGGUGAUGAGCCCCUACGAAGACACAGGUCACGCAAUAAAGCACUGUCAACUUAUCCACAAGAGGAGAAGAAGGAAAAUGCAGACAAGGGAGGAAACAGUGGGGAAAAGGAGCAAAAAAACCACCAGCCCAAGGAAAAUCAGACCGAGACUGAGACAGGAACGCUACCCACUACACUGCUGGCCCCUCCAACUGGUUGCUUGAAACAGGUGCCUGAACAACCUGAAGAUGCAGACAAUCAGAAGAAUGUGAAGAGACUGACGCAAACAUCAGAAAAAUCGAUAACUGUGAAUAUACCGGUCACUGUUGUAGCACCUCCUGGGGAGACCAUUGUCAUACCAAUGAAUAAUAUUGACUUUGAAAGCUUAACGAAAAAGGACGAAAAGAAGGACCUGGAAGAUGAUGAUUUAACAAAAAAUGGACCAAAACAAAUUCUGCCUUAUAGCUCAAUGUUUGUCUUUAGUCCUGCAAACCCCAUUCGUAGAUUAUGCCAUUAUAUUGUUAACCUGCGCUACUUUGAGAUGGUCAUCCUUUUGGUCAUAGCAAUGAGCAGUGUUGCAUUGGCCGCAGAGGACCCAGUACAAGCAGAUGCAAUAAGGAAUGAGGUUCUGAAGUAUUUUGACUAUGUGUUUACUGGAGUGUUUACAUUUGAAAUGAUCAUGAAGAUGAUCGAUUUGGGACUUUUGCUUCACCCUGGUUCCUAUUUCAGAGACCUUUGGAAUAUUUUGGAUUUCAUUGUGGUGAGCGGUGCACUGGUAGCAUUUGCAUUCUCGAACAUUAUGGGACUUUUCUCCAAAGGUAAAGACAUUAACACUAUCAAGUCAUUACGAGUUCUUCGAGUCUUGAGACCACUGAAGACCAUCAAGCGGUUACCAAAGUUAAAGGCUGUGUUCGACUGUGUUGUGAAUUCGCUGAAGAAUGUUCUCAAUAUCCUCAUUGUUUACAUGCUUUUUAUGUUCAUCUUCGCCGUUAUUGCUGUGCAGCUCUUCAAGGGCAGGUUCUUUUAUUGCACUGAUGAAUCCAAGACACUUCAAAAGGAUUGCAGAGGAUGGUACUUUGACUAUAAAAGUGAAAAUGAAGUGAAGGCAGAGAACAGGGAGUGGAAGAAAUAUGAAUUUCAUUACGACAAUGUGCUGUGGGCUUUGCUCACACUUUUCACUGUCUCAACCGGAGAAGGCUGGCCAACUGUUCUGAAACACUCUGUAGAUGCUACAUACGAAGAACAGGGUCCAAAUCCUGGUUACCGGAUGGAAAUGUCUAUCUUCUAUGUUGUAUAUUUUGUCGUUUUCCCUUUCUUCUUUGUGAACAUUUUUGUGGCUUUGAUAAUUAUCACAUUCCAGGAGCAAGGAGACAAAGUGAUGUCAGACUGCAGCCUAGAGAAAAAUGAGAGAGCUUGUAUUGACUUUGCCAUAAGUGCCAAACCCCUUACCCGCUACAUGCCUCAGAACAAGCAAUCCUUCCAGUACAAGAUGUGGAAGUUUGUGGUGUCUCCUCCUUUUGAAUACUUCAUCAUGGCCAUGAUUGCACUCAAUACUAUAGUCCUAAUGAUGAAGUUUUAUGGUGCUCCCCAGGCAUAUGAAGUUAUGUUGAAAUAUCUCAAUAUAGUUUUCACAUCAAUGUUUUCACUGGAGUGUGUGCUGAAGAUCAUUGCUUUUGGAGUCCUGAACUACUUUCGAGAUGCUUGGAACGUGUUUGACUUUGUCACUGUAUUAGGCAGCAUAACGGAUAUUUUAGUAACAGAGAUAGCGGAAGCAUUUCCAAAUGCCAAGAAUAACUUCAUCAAUCUGAGCUUUCUGCGACUGUUCAGGGCUGCACGACUCAUUAAACUCCUUCGGCAAGGCUACACAAUCCGUAUUCUGUUAUGGACAUUUGUCCAGUCCUUUAAGGCACUGCCAUAUGUCUGUCUCCUGAUCGCUAUGUUGUUUUUCAUCUACGCCAUCAUUGGAAUGCAGGUAUUUGGAAACAUUGCUCUAGAUGACAGCACAUCCAUCAAUCGUCACAACAAUUUCAGAACCUUCUUUCAAGCACUAAUGCUUUUAUUCAGGAGUGCAACGGGAGAGGCCUGGCAUGAAAUUAUGCUGUCCUGCCUGGGUAAACGACCAUGUGACAGCAGUGCUGGCAUGGGUGCCAAUGAGUGUGGAAAUGAUUUUGCCUACUUCUACUUUGUGUCUUUCAUAUUUCUGUGCUCAUUUCUGAUGUUAAAUCUCUUUGUUGCUGUUAUUAUGGAUAACUUUGAAUACUUGACAAGGGAUUCCUCUAUCCUUGGGCCGCAUCACCUGGAUGAGUAUGUGCGUGUUUGGGCAGAAUAUGACCCAGCAGCAUGUGGCCGGAUUCAUUAUAAGGAUAUGUACAAUUUAUUGCGUGUUAUCUCACCACCCCUUGGCUUAGGAAAGAAGUGCCCUCCUAGGGUGGCAUACAAGCGCCUGGUAAGAAUGCACAUGCCAAUUGCAGAGGACUACACAGUACACUUUACAUCCACAUUGAUGGCUUUGAUCCGGACAGCACUAGAUAUAAAACAUUCUCCAGGAGGUGUGAGUCAACAUCAAUGUGAUGCUGAGCUGCGAAAGGAGAUUGCUUCUGUCUGGCCCAAUCUGUCUAUGAAAACAAUUGAUUUGCUGGUCCCUACAUGCAGGCCUAAUGAACUGAAUGUUGGAAAGGUCUAUGCAGCACUGAUGAUAUUCGACUUCUACAAGCUAAGUAAAAGCAAAAGAGGCCAACCACCACAGCAACAAGGGGGCAUUUCCAAGUCAAGAACACCUUCAAUGUUCCAGCCUUUGAUUACUCCAACACAAGAUCUUGCCACCUUCCCAGUAUUUGCCACUACCAGAAUACCAUCCCGACAGCAAAGCACCACUUCCCUUACCAACGGAGGAAAUGUACCCUCCCAAGAGUCUGAGAUUACAGAAGCCACACCAUGGAUAUCUCAGCAAGCACAAGAAGUGUAUCAUGAAUCCCGACCACGGGCGACUGAACCCCCUAUGGAGCAAACAGAGGAAGAAGCAAACAAGCAGGAUGUUGAGAUGAAAGAGAUUGGACCAGUUGUUUUACAAGGAGAACAUCAGGUUGCAUUAGAGAGAGCUGCAUCUAUGCCUCGCUUAGCUGCAGAAACUCAGCCUAUACCAGACUCAAGUCCGAUGAAACGAUCUAUUUCCACACUUACUCCUCAACGUCCACCAGGCAUGUACCUGCAAGAUUAUACUCUAGAAAGAUUAAUGCCUGACCAUACACAUCACCAUCAUCACCAUCACAGGUGUCACCGAAGGAAAGAGAAAAAGCAACGAUCCCUUGAGAGGUCACCCUUCAGACCAACAGAUGGAGAUUCAGACCAUGUCCAACUGGGAGACAUCUCAUCCAAAGAACGCAAGCAAGAACGGGGCAGGUCACAAGAAAGAAAGCAUCAUUCCACCGAGAAACAACAGCGAUAUUAUUCUUGUGAUCGGUAUGGGAGCAGAGACCACUCUCAGCCAAAAUCAGGUGACCACAGUCGAUCAGCAUCUCCGAACAGAGGGUAUGAGCAUGGUUUUCACAAACAGGGCAGUGGUUCAGUUAAUGGGAGUCCAGCGCUGUCAAAUUCUGGUGCAAGCACUCCGUGCCGAAGUCGGAGACAACUUCCACAGACGCCUCUAACCCCUCGUCCCAACAUCACAUACAAGACUGCCAAUUCAUCGCCUGUACAUUUCUCAAACUAUCAGAGUGGCUUGCCAACAUUUUCUCCAGGUCGACUCAGUCGGGGUUUGUCAGAGCACAAUGCUUUACUGCACAGUGAGUCUCAAAGUCAUUCAAAUAUUAUGGUUGCUAGAAUUGGUUCUGAUCCUUAUCUCGGGCAUCGUGAUGACAGUGACUACAUAUAUCACAGCCUACGUGAUGAUCCACUAACAUUUGAAGAGGCGGCAGCUACAAAUUCAGGAAGAUCAUCAAGGACAUCUUAUGUUUCAUCCUUAACAUCACAACCACACCAAAGUCGAAGGGUUCCCAAUGGCUAUCACUAUGCCCUGGGUGUCAAUAUGGGCCCUGGGACUGGGACGAGAGACCGCAGACACUACCAUGCAACAGAUGAAGAUGACUGGUGUUAGUAUGCCAUUUGGGCAAGGCUGGCACAUGUACAAUAUUUUGAUGAGUUUUAUCAUCUGAAGGCUGAUAUAGAUCUGAUUGUGUAUAAAUACAUAUAUAUGCACACGUAUAUAUUAUAUAUGAAGUAAAAUGACAGAUGGAAGGAAGAAGAAAUUUGGAGUAUCAGUGUGUAUCAGUUCACUACACCUGGAAAAAAACAAACAUUCAGCCUGGUGAUUUUUAAAGUCACUGAAUUUGAACAUUAAGCAAAACAACUGUUUUGUUCUGAUUUCCCCAUUCCCUACCUAGUAGAUAUUUCACAACACAAAACAGAUGCCAAAAUCAUCUGCACUGUAUGUGAACAGCAGACUUAUUCUGUUGAUUGUAUAUACUGUACAUGUGUGUGCAUUCAUCUUUGGAAGACAGAUGUAAGAUAUAAUUAUGUAUUUUAUCUCCUGUAAAAAUAAAUAAAAAGGGGGUGAAAUUAUUAACUGUAUUUAUACAUUAAUUAUAAAAAAGAACAUUAUUGAGACUUGAUAUUUUAGGGAGAGAGUGACUAUUUUAAAUGGAGCCAGUAAACAAAUCUUGAGCUGCUGAUGAUAAUGCACUAUGCCAUUUGUAUUUCUCUGCUUCAGUUCAUGAGUACUUUCCUUUUGUACAUUUGUUGUUCCAGCAUUUUCAUUAAAUUUAGGGGACAAAGCAAAUGUUUAAACAUGUUGACCAGGUAUCUUCCUACAUAUCUCUGUUGUUUUUUUUUUGUUUGUUUGUUUGGUACUGCUGAAUUUGUUCAAUGUGCAAAAUUGUCUUUAUUGUCUGUAUUUCAGACAUAUUUGCCUGCAGAAAAAUAGUUGCACAAUGCAUUGAAUUUGUGUAAUUUUCUUGUGCAGAAUGUGCAUAUUAUGUAAUUUUAUGUUGCAGAUAAAUGUAUCAUAGCAUGCAGUGUGGGAGGGUACAGAUAUAACUGCAACCAGACAUGGUGCACGAUGUUCUGUUAACUUUUAAGCAUCCGUCCCAAAGGGUUUGCAGAGGGCUAUGUUAUGUGGAUGAUUUUGGAAUGCCAGAAUCAACUUUGCUUGCUGCUGUUCCUUUUAUUGCAACAUCUCCAUCUGAGAAGUUUACAGUAUGUAUGUGGUUUCAGCAAAAAAGGAAGAAAUUUUCACUGUUUAAAGGAAUAGUAAGACAUUAUUUUACAUUGUAUGCAUUUUUGUAAAUUGUACAAAAAUUCCAUGUGUAGAAUUUAGUCCACUGUCAUUCCAGGUUCUGCCAUUUUAUUAACUACUCCAGUUAACUACCAAGUGCCUAACCUUUUAAAUAUCUCCAAGUGAUGAUGCUGUCUCUUACUUAAGUGCAUCAAAACUUGGGAGAGGGAGCCUGGAAGGUAUGCCUGGAAGACAGGUGUAUAGCAUCAUAUAUGUGAUUUAUAAAGUCAGAAAUAUGAAUAAGUACUAGCCAGAGUGACACCAAUGCUAACAUACAUAGAGAUUUCAGUAAUUCAGUAAACUGGGCUUUUAUCAUUGAAUGGCGCAGCUAGUCCUGCAACACUACACAUACAGGGGCAGCAUAAUUUGUGCUAUGUUCAAGGAGAAAAAUCAUACUGCAUGUUCAGUCUUUAACUUGGUUUAUAAAGGUGAUAAACACAAAGUUUUAUGUGAGUAGUUUGUCUAUGUUGAGGACAGUUUGAGAUAGCAUUGAUGUUGCCUUUCUUUUUAAAAAAAAAAAUGUAGUAAAAGAAAAAAAUGCACUUUAGGUGAAAGUGCAUGCUCUGAAAGAUCUGUUACGGAUAAUGGAUGUUACUUAUCAGUGGGGCUAUGCAACAAAUUAAGAAUUUUAAAAUGAUUUUCAUCCAUUCUGUAGCUUUACCUGCUGGAUUCUCCAGUUUCAGGCUUCAGCAUGAUUGUGACCAAAUGUUUUAUAUGUUUCCUUAUAUAAAAGGCACAAUGUUUCUUUUAAAUUUUAAAGAAAAUGGGAUGUUUUACUUUAAGAAGCAAAAAGUAAAAAAUAUAUAAUAUUUCAGACAAUGCAUGCACCAACUGUACCCACAUUGCAGGUUUAGGAAGAAAAAUGUUAUAUACACAGUUAUGUUUUAUGACUUUCCCAGCUAUACAGCAAGUUUUAAUAUUGUCAGCUACAACACUGAGAAAAAAAUGGGUGCAUGAUUCUUAAAGAUGGACCACACAGUUAAGGUGAUAAGCAAGAAAAAUCUUAAAAUUUGUGUACAUGUAGCUAACCAGUAUAUAAAUUUGUUAGACCCUUUAAUGAUGAAGCCACUCCUUAAGAUAGAACUCUGUUUAUGCCUCAGCAUUCCUAUAUUUUGUACAGCCUCUAUUUUCUGUGCUGUUUACUUCAAAAUUAUAGGAAUAUAUACAUACAUAAAACACAUGAGCGCACGCACACAUAUAUA